AUGGCUCUUCCUCCCUCCAGACGGUCUAUCCUCUCGCUCUAUUCGGCAACUUUGCACACUGCCAACUCAUUCAGCUCGUAUAACUUCCGCGAGUAUUUCUUGAGGAGAACCAAGAGCACGUUCAGGCAAUUCCAGGAGGAGAGCGACCCGGAACGUUUAAAGGCGAUGUACUCGGAUGCGAAGAAGGACCUGCAAGUCCUGAAGCGCAGUGCUAUCGUCAACCGGUUAUAUGGUGGAUGGAAGCUCGCAGUGGAGGACCAGAAGGUGGUUCACGACCGGGGUCAGAACUGA